AUGACGAAACACUUUGGUUCAAAAUUAGUAAAUUAUAUCCUCAUAUUUCUCUUUUUGCUAUCGACUGCUGUAACAUCAACAACUAAUGAUGGAUCAGAAUUGUCUUUUACUACUGUCAUAGAUAUAUUAUCACAGAAUGCUGAAUUUUCAACAUUUCUGCUAUUAAUUCAAAAAACUGGUAACGUGCCAUAUCUUAAUGAUAUAAGUGAUUUUACUUUAUUUGCUCCAAUAAAUUCUGCUUUUACAGAUUUACAAAUUAAUUACAUUGAGCAGUUAAAUGAUAAAUCAAAUACUGUAGACGUUUUAAAAGAAAAAUUAAAUUUCGAUAUUGAAAAUUAUUUGUUGCAUAAUUUUCUUUUGAAUACAAAUAAUUUAGAUAAAAAAAAUAACAAUAUUUUCAAAUAUAUUAACGUAUUCGAUAAUUUAAACUAUUCAAAUAAAUUUCCAUAUUUAUUCAAGAAAAAUGCUAAUGAGGAACCUGCUUACAGUAUUAAUGAUAUUAAAAUUGUAGACCAAAACCUAAAACCAAAUUUUCAAAAUGCAAUUAUUCAAGGUAUCACAAGUACCAUAAAUAUACCACUUAAUGUAACAGAAACUAUAGAGGGGUUAAAGGAAAAAAAUGUGGAUAAAGAAAAAUCUUUAAAAAGUUUUGAAUAUGAUUCAAUGUUACAAUUUUUCCAACAAAAAAUAGAUGAACCAAAAUUAUUGAAUAUUAUCGAAAAUAAUACCUUGCUAAUUCCCAGUGAUAAAAAUUUUUUAAAGACUUUCAACUCAAUCGAAACUAAUUACUUACUUGAUAAAUUUCAGAAAUUAUCUAAUAACUCGAAAUUGAAUUCAAUGAUAAAGAAAAAUUGGUUGAGUGAUAGAGAAAUGUUUAUUAAGAAUUUAGUCCUAAGGGGAAUAAUUGGAGGAAAUAAUUUAUAUUCAAGGUUAAAAGAAUUUAAAAACUCACAUCAUUUGACUGAAAAUCUGAAUCAUGCAAAAUUUAACCUCACUAGUAAUGAAUAUGGUUCGAUUAUUAAUAUUAAUAAUUCAUCGUCUUAUAAAUCAAAUAUAUUGUUUAAUAAUGGUAUUUUGCAUACGUAUAAUGACCUAGAUUUUAUUGGUGAUAAUGUUACUUUCAAUACCGAGAAAUAUUUACAUGGUUUGAAUAAAACUGAAUUUGUUGAAGAAUUAUACCUAAGAAAUUUACAGCAUCUCAUAUUAGAUGAAAAUAAUAACAAUAACAUGACAAUUUUUAUUCCAGAAUCCAAUAUGUUUGGUUUUACAAAAUCAAGUAUACUUUAUCAUUUUUCUGAAAAUGCAAUAUGGCUAGAGGAAGAGUUUAAUGAGUCCAAUUCUUUUUUGAAUACAAUUUUAUUUAAUUCAUCCUUCUGCUCAUCAAAUAAGAAAUUAGGAUCAAAUUGUCAAAGAUUUAAAAUAUCAAAAAGUGAAAGAGGCUAUUAUAUUAAUGAAAGAUAUAGAAUACUACAUUCAAAGCCGUACCAGAUAGGAAAUCAUUUGAUAUACAUUAUAUCAAAUGAUUUACAAUUACCUGGUGAUUUUAUAUUAUCAAUUAAUCCAUUUUAUCGUUGUUCAACAUCAUUAAAAUUUUUACGAGAAUUAGAUUUAUUAGAAUUUGAUACUAAUAAAAAAGGAUACUCAGUGCUUUUACCAUGUUUUGAUGCCUGGGAUAAAUUUGAAUUAAAUUUCGACUAUAUAAAUGAUAAUAUCACAGCUCAGGAAUUAGUUAUGAAAAAUCUAAUAGUGAAUGAUCUGAUUUAUAGUGAUAGUAGGAAUGAAACGGUUUAUAAUUCUACAAAUAUUUUAGGAGAAGAUAUAUCCAUUAGUGUAUCAAAUUCUCCAAAGGAUUUGAAUAUAAAUCUAAACUUUUCAAGUUUUGAAAGAUCAAUCAAUGUGGAAAAAAAUAUGGAUAUAUUUUUUAACCAAGGGGUUAUUCAUCCUAUCGAUGACAUCUAUUUGCCCUCCUCGAUAGAAAUAUCAGUCAGAGAUUUGAUAAAAUUAACCAAGACCAGUGAGUUUAUUGAAUAUCUUGAUAAAUUUAAGGAAAAAAUUCCUAUGUUGAUUAACGGGACAUCAUUUUCGUUGCUAGUACCGACCUCAGCAAGCUUAGAAUUUAAUGGCAUCUUUGCAAAUUAUACUAAGUUAGAAGAUUUUUUAAAUCUGCAUAUAAUCAAUGGAAAUUCUACUCAGAACAUCUUGAAUUGUGAUGGUGAAAUUAGUACAUCAUAUGGUGUUAAUUUACUCUGCGAAAAGGUUUCACCAAAGGAUUAUAUUUUGAAAAUACAGAAUGAUGAUGAUAAUGUUAUUCGGAUCAUAAAGAAAGGAUGCUCAACUUCAGACAGCAACUCAUGUGUAUUUUUGGUCGAUCGUCCCAUCUCAUUGAGCCGGCUAAAUAGGAACAAAUACCAUUUAUCUCUUCCUGCCGUUGCAAUAGGCUUAGGGAUCGUUGUAGGCGUCUUCUUCAUAUUAUCGUUACUUGGCUGUAUAAUAGUUAUAGUUAUGGGCAAGAACAAUAGAGGACCGGAGAUUUAUAGUAAUGUACCUGAUGUUGAAGCAGAUGUUGAUGAACCAUUGUUAGGAAGGAACGAUUUAUCAAAUCUAGACAGUGCGAACCAUGGAACAAUUUCCAACAACCAUAAUACAGCUAAUGUAUCCCCCCCACCAAUUCAUAUAAUUCCACAAAGACAUAUGUAA